GCAGUAAUGACUGGGUCUGACCAGCAGGUAGCAGCACUGCGCAUGUCAAGUCUUGUUCCUGACAGGAAGUGAUUACAAAAUAAAAGUGUGGAGAAAUAUCCUCGGGGAGAAGGAAUAUAACCAAACCAGACGCAGGACGGUAAUAAACCGGUAUCUGUAUAUGACGCGCUCUCCUUUCUAUUGCCCCAAAAAACGAUUAAAUAAUCCACCGACAAACCUUUGAUCUUAUUUUUAAACCGGAAGUGCCUCGUUGAUUUCACCGUGGUGUCACACUCAGCAGCACGUGGAUGACGGAGCGUCAACAGCGACUUGAUCUGCAGUUCAACCACAAAGAAAAACCACGAUGAAGAGGAAGCAGCAGCAGCGUCGGGAGCUGCUGGUCUCAAAGCAGACAAGGACGAUGAAGAGCAGCGACGAUGAAGACUCUGAUGCUGAAAAGAACUUUGCUCUGCUGACUGAGAGAGGAGGAGGAGGAGGGACUGAGGAGGGACAUCAGCACCAAAGAGGAGAGGAAGAGGAGGAGGAUGAGGCUGAGGGAGAUGAAGAGGAGGAGUCUGAUGGGGAAGAAGAGGAGGCUGAGGGAGAUGAAGAGGAGGAGGCUGUUCGGGAAGAAGAGGAGGCUGAGGGAGAUGAAGAGGAGGAGGAGGAGUCUGAUGGUGAAGAAGAGGAGAAGGGAGAUGAAGAAGAGGACAGUAACAGUGAGGAGGAUGAUGAUGAGGAUGAUGAAGACCCAGAGACUGUUGGUGGCAGCGUUGAGAUCGAGACAAGAGAUGACGUUAAAAAAGAACUGUCCAUCAUGUCCUUUGAGGACGUCAUGAAGCUGCAGAACAAAGUUGGAACCAAAGUCUACAACGAAGUCGCCUACGGCAACAACGAAAAACGACAGAGCAGCAAGAAGAAACGACUGAACAAGAACAGACCGACGGAGAUUUCAGCCAAGAGACCGGCACCGUUCCUGCGUCAGGUCGUCCCCGUCAGGAAACCGACGCUGAGAGAUCCUCGAUUCGACGACCUGUCGGGAGAAUACAAGCCUGAGAUCUUUGAGAAGACGUACAGAUUCGUUCAGGACAUCAAACAGAGAGAGAAAGAGAUCGUCGUGAAGCAGCUGAAGAGGAAGAAGACGAGCAACCAGAGGAAAGAGAAGCUGCAGUUCCUCCUCAAGAGGAUGGAAAACCAGGAGCGAGCGAGGAAAAGCGAAGAGCAGCGGAGAGAGAGAGAGCUGCAGCUCAAGAGGCAGCAGAGAGAGCGAGCCAAUCAGGGAGCUCGACCCUUCUUCCUCAAGAAAUCUGAGCAGAAGAAGCUGCAGCUGGCUGAGAAAUACCAGGAUCUGAAGAAGAGCGGCAAACUGGAGAACUUCCUGAGCAAAAAGAGGAAGAGGAACGCCGGGAAGGAUCGCAGGAAGCUGCCGCAGCAGCUGCACAGCUCCGAGGCGUCGUGAGGCGUUCACUGACCCGGAACUAAAAACAACCUGUCGGACGGCCGGCGGCUGCGGCCUGUAAUGACAUGGCUCUGCCUGCAGAUGGAGCUGUGAUCUGAAAGACUUCUGAUUUCAUCAAACUUUACUUACAAACGCAUUUUGGAACCGUUUGGGUUUGAUUCGUUCUUUGAUGAUAUAAAACGGGGCUGACACGUCAUGAUUGAGAGAUGACACUGACUCAUGAUUGGUCGAGAGUGUGUGUGGGUGGGGCCUCGAUACUACUGCACUGACUCUGACCCCACAUGACGUCACCAGCACAAGAUGGCAACUCCUGAAUCGGAGAUAUUUUAGCUUCGUUUUAGUUCAACGAGAGGAAGAAGAGAGGUGUCGUCUUCAUAUAAAGUCAGUGAUCGUCUUUAUACUUAG